GGGAGAAUCACUGGAACCUGGAGGUGGACGUUGCAGUGAGCUGAGAUGGUGCCACUGCUCUCCAGCCUGGGCGACAGACUGAGACUCCAUCUCAACAAAACAAAACAAAAAGUGGGUGGGGCCUUCCGGGCAGGGGUCUGCCUGAGCCCAGGCUCCAGGCCUCGGCAGAGGGCAGCUGUGUCCCAGUGGUGACAUCUGGGCUGCUGCUGCUGCUACAAGCAGGAGAAGGCUGACAGGAUGGCUUGGUUGCCAUAGCAACACGAGGGGAAAUGACUCCGGGUGGACUGGGAGGGAGCUGUAGCCCCCACGCCCGGCAUUUUCCAGCGGGGCCCGGCUCACUUCAUGUUUUCGUUUGAUCCAACUGUGGGGAGCAGGCCCUGCUUUGUGGGGGCACUGCCGCCCCCUUCCACUGUCCACCUCAGGUUUGCUGACCAGUUCCGGGGGUGAGCAGGGGGCACUGACCUCCGCUGUAGUUGGUGAGUGUGGACCCCCAGGCCGACCCCUCCAGGGUCUCCUGGCCAUGUGAGCACUGCCUGCCCCACCUGGGCAUGAGUGCUACAGCCCAGGCCACCGGUCCCUCCUCUGUCAAGGUGAUGAAGACCCACAGGCCUUUCGUACCCAGACUCCUCUGUGGUCCGGGAUGUCAGGGUUCUGGAGAGUUUUUAUCUCCUGCAUAGGAGAGCUGGGUACCUGGCAUCUGUCCUGGCCCCAGAGUGGGCACAGGGGCUGGGGGAGCUGAGCGCUGUGAUCCAGAUCUCGGUCCUUUUGGUGCAGCCCCAGGAGACAGGUGCCUCCCACUGUGCUGUCAUGGGGAGGGGUGUUGGGGGGGCGAGUGCAGCAACCACCUCCCUCUCCAGUGAGACCCCAGAAGCCCCCGGAUGGACCCCCAGCUCCAGGCGGGCACCAGCCCCGCCUUUGAUGGCAUCCGCUACCUCCUCCCUGAAGCCGCCCUGUAGGGCAUGCAGGGACUUAGCUGGUCACCCAGCAGGUCACCCGCCAUGUCGACCUUGCUGGACAUUAAGAGCAGCGUGCUCAGGCAGGUGCAGGUGUGCCCGUCCUUCCGCCGCAGGACUGAGCAGGAACCAGGGAGUGCCAGCGCCGACCCACAGGAGCCUGCCAUGGGGGCCUGGAAACCCGGGGCCGGCGUGGAGUUCUUUGCCCACAUGCGCCUCAUGCUGAAGAAGGGGGAAGGCAGACAGGGCCUGCCGUGCCCCGAGGUCCCCCUGCGCAGUGGCUCGCCAGCACCCCCGGAGCCUGUGGAUCCCAGCCGUGGCCUGAGAGCCCUGGCCCCGGAGGAGGUGGACAUGCUCUACGAGGAGGCCCUGUACACAGUGCUUUACCGAGCGGGGACCAUGGGCCCUGACCAGGUGGAUGACGAGGAGGCCCUGCUCAGCUACCUCCAGCAGCAGGACCUCCCUGAUCCAUGCACAACACACAGAGACGGCUGCAGGUGCACAGACACACACGCACACGGCUGCAGGUGCACAACACACAGACGUGCGCACAGGCUGCAGGUGUUUGGCACCAGCACCGAGGAGCACACCAAGGCCGUUGAGCGAGUGAGGAAGGCCAAGCCCCCCACGUAUGCCCUGAAAGUCUCUGUCAUGCGUGCCAAGAACCUUCUGGCCAAGGACCCCAAUGGCUUCAGUGACCCAUACUGCAUGCUGGGCAUCCUGCCUGCCUCGGACGCCACGCGGGAGCCCCGUGCGCAGAAAGAGCAGCGCUUCGGCUUCCGCAAGGGCAGCAAGCGCAGUGGCCCCCUGCCCGCCAAGUGCAUCCAGGUCACCGAGGUGAAGAGCAGCACCCUGAACCCCGUCUGGAAGGAGCACUUCCUCUUUGAGAUUGAGGACGUGAGCACGGACCAGCUGCAUGUAGACAUCUGGGAUCAUGACGACGAUGUGUCCCUGGUAGAAGCAUGCAGGAAGCUGAACGAAGUCAUCGGCCUGAAGGGCAUGGGCAGGUACUUCAAACAGAUCGUCAAGUCAGCCCGUGCAAAUGGGACAGCAGGACCCACUGAGGACCACACCGAUGACUUCCUGGGGUGCCUCAACAUACCUGUCCGGGAGGUGCCUGUGGCUGGCGUCGACCGCUGGUUCAAGCUGGAGCCACGCUCCAGUGCCUCGCGUGUGGAGGGAGACUGCCACCUGGUUCUCAAGCUGAUCACUACGCAGCGAGACACCGCCAUGAGCCAGCGCGGACGAUCCGGCUUCCCGUCCCACCUGCUGCUGCUCAGCCAUCUGCUGCGGUUCGAACACCCAGCAGAGGAGCCCAACUCCAGCAACUGGCGAGGAGAGCUCAGCACACCAGCCGCCACCAUCCUCUGCCUGCACGGAGCCCAGAGCAACCUGUCACCCUUGCAGCUGGCCGUGCUGCACUGGCAGGUCAGCAGCCGCCACCAUCAAACCUGCACGCUGGACUACAGCUACCUGCUGGGGCUGCUGGACGACAUGCAGGCACACUGGGAGGAGGCGCCCUCACUGCCCCAGGAGCAGGAGGAGAGCCUGGCUGAUAGCUUUUCCGCCUUCUCUGAGUUCGGGCUGCAGCUGCUGCGCCAGCUCCGAGACUACUUCCCCGCCACCAACAGCACCGCUGUCUACCGCCUGGAGCUGCUGCUGAAGUGUCUGGGCAAGCUGCAGUUCUUCCAGCCCUCCUUUGAGAUCUGCCCCUUCGAGACGGAGCUGAACAUGGACGUUGCUGCGGCCCUGAAGAGAGGCAACCGUGAGUGGUAUGACAGGAUCCUGAAUGCCAGGAGUCCCCGAGAGCAGCCAGGACCACAGCGCCUGCCUGGGCUGGUUGUGCUGGCCGACGCCAUCUAUGAUGACCUUCAAUCCUGCUACAGUGUCUAUGCCAGCCUCUUCCACAGCAUCCUCAAUGUGGACGUCUUCACCCUGACUUUCCGGCAGCUGGAGCGUCUGGUGGCUGAGGAGGCAUGGGUGCUGACAGAGGAGCUGAGCCCCAAGAUGACGCUGGAGGUGGCCUCGGGGCUCUUUGAGCUCUACCUGACCCUGGCUGACCUCCAGCGCUUCUGGGAUAGCAUCCCUGGCCGGGACAGCCGCUCUCUGGCCCUGGCUGGCAUCCACACCCCAUUCCUGCCUGCCGUGAAGCUCUGGCUCCAAGUGCUGCGGGACCAGGCCAAGUGGAGGCUUCAGGGAGCCGUGAACGUGGAUACACUGGAACCUGUGGACCCCUCCUCCAGGCACAGCAGCUCUGCAGCCACUGCUGGUCUCUGCCUCAGUCACAUCCAGGAGCUGUGGGUGCGCCUGGCGUGGCCUGACCCUGCCCAGGCUCAGGGGCUGGGCACCCAGCUUGGCCAAGACAUGUGUGAGGCCACCCUCUUCUACACGGAGCUGCUUCGGAAGAAGGUGGACACUCAGCCAGGGGCGGCCGGUGAAGCAGUGAGCGAGGCGCUCUGUGUGGUCCUCAACAACGUGGAGCUCGUGCGCAAGGCUGCUGGGCGGGCCCUGAAGGGGUUGGCAUGGCCCGAGGGGGCCACGGGACUCGAGGGGGCGCUCCCCCGCCCCCUGCUCAGCUGCACACAGGCCCUGGACGAUGACCUACAGCGGGAGGCUCACACGGUGACAGCGCACCUGACCUCCAAGAUGGUGGGCGACAUCCGGAAGUACGUACAGCACAUCAGCCUCUCACCCGACUCCAUCCAGAACGAUGAGGCCGUGGCCCCGCUCAUGAAGUACCUGGAUGAGAAGCUGGCCCUGCUGAACUCCUCGCUGGUGAAGGGGAACCUGAGCAGGGUGCUGGAGGCCCUGUGGGAGCUGCUCCUCCAGGCCAUUCUGCAGGCGCUGGGUGCAAACCGUGACGUCUCCGCUGAUUUCUACAGUCGCUUCCACUUCACGCUGGAGGCCCUGGUCAGUUUUUUCCACGCAGAGGGUCAGGGUUUACCCCUGGAGAGCCUGAGGGAUGGAAGCUAUAAGAGGCUGAAGGAGGAGCUGCGGCUGCACAAAUGUUCCACCCGUGAGUGCAUUGAGCAGUUCUACCUGGACAAGCUCAAACAGGUAGGGAGGUGCCAGGGACAGGCUGCUGCCCCUGAGGCUCCCCGAACCCAGCUGCGCUCACCCACCUUUCUGCAGAGGACCCUGGAACAGAACCGGUUUGGACGCCUGAGCGUCCGUUGCCAUUAUGAGGCAGCUGAGCAGCGGCUGGCUGUGGAGGUGCUGCACGCCGCCGACCUGCUCCCCCUGGACGCCAACGGCCUAAGCGACCCCUUUGUGAUCGUGGAGCUGGGUCCACCGCAUCUCUUCCCACUGGUCCGCAGCCAGAGGACCCAGGUGAAGACCCGGACGCUGCACCCUGUAUACGACGAGCUCUUCUACUUCUCCGUGCCUGCCGAGGCGUGCCGCCGCCGUGGGGCCUGUGUGCUGUUCACCGUCAUGGACCACGACUGGCUGUCCACCAACGACUUCGCUGGGGAGGCGGCCCUCGGCCUAGGGGGCGUCAGUGGUGUCGCCCGGCCCCAGGUGGGCGGGGGCGCAAGGGCUGGGCAGCCUGUCACCCUGCACCUGUGCCGGCCCAGAGCCCAGGUGAGGUCUGCGCUGAGGAUGCUGGAAGGCCGCACCAGCAAGGAGGCGCAGGAGUUCGUGAAGAAACUCAAGGAGCUGGAGAAGUGCAUGGAGGCGGACCCCUGAGUCCGUCAGCUGCCGACCCCGGCCCCGGCCCCCACCCCGAGUUCCCUGAAGCAUCUUCCAGCUCACUGUGGCCAGCUUUGUGCAGCCAGGACCCACGGCGCCCCUCCUGUGCUGUGACAUGUGUGUCCUGGCCGGCCCUGUGGCUCCCAUUGCCGUGGCCGUGUCCGUCUGGUGUGUGCUGUGAACCCCUGCACCCAACCCCACAUCUGGGUGGCCAACUUGGCAGGACCUGGCCAGAAGCUGCCUGGGACACAGUGCAGGCCACAGUGGGCUUGGCCACCAGGUGCGCUUCCCUGCCUGCUUCCUUGGGCUCCCCGGCCCUGGGUGGGCAGUGGGCAGCUGGUCUCCAGGGACUCAGUGAGUGGCUGUGCUCCCUGCACGACAGGCACUGUGCAGAGGCAUUUUUGCUAGUCACAGCUGGGGAGGGCAGAGGGUGCCACUGGCACCAUUGGGUGGAGCUUCCAGAGCCUCCACUCACAGAGGGAUGCAGAGGGCAGGUGAGUCAAGAACUGCACAGGUCUCCAGUCCCCACAGGCUCCCACGCCAGGGACGUCACCCAAGACUGGUGGGCAGUGUGAAGGGCUCCAUGCCAACUGGCAGGGUCUCCUUCACGCACAUAUCCGUGGCCACCCGAGACCUGCUCCACAGCCCCUCCAGGCAGAGCCAAGAGUUUGCCCCAACCCUUCCCCAGGCCCAGUGUGAAAAACAGAGACUCACACGGGGCUUCCUGGCCUGCAGCUUCAUUGCGAGAGCGCUGAGGCAGGAUGCAGGGCACAGCUGUGCUGCAAGUGCGGAGAGAACCCGGACAGCUCCGUCCUGCCAGCAGCCCCGAGGAGCCGAGACUGCCAGGCCCAUCUGUGUCCCUCGUGUCUCUAGAUUUUCUCGUUACCCGGCCUCAAAUACAUAUUUAUGUCUGCAACUCUCA